GCUGUCUGUGCCGAAAAAUAAAACCGCCGUUUUUCAGUCAACGAGUGUCUGAAAAUAGAGUAUUGUACUAUUUUCGCCGAACCCGAAAAUAGUACAAUACUCUUUAGCCUAUUUGUUCAUAUUUGAAAUACCCCUUCAACUCAAUAUAUUCGGACGACAGAUUUAGCAAUAUCAAAAACACGACCAAAGCACCGAAACUUAAAAUGCCAGCUACUCCCCCAGUUCCUGUUACGCGCUUCGUGUGCAAAGUGAACCAAUACCGAAACUGAAAGUACUGUUAAAAACAAACAACUCGUCUUCACCUACCUGUGUGAACUCUGGAGCUCGGCAGCACUUCGUUGAAAAGUGCAAAAUCAAGAAUCUUUGCAUUCCGACAGCUGUUAUCCUAUUGCACGGCUUAUGGUUCGAUUUUCCCAGAUGCUAAAAUCCAUGUCGUCGGAAGCACUCCAAAGCCUUCUGUCUGAAAACAUGCUUUUAACUGAAAGAAUAUUCAUUUCAAGGAGUAACUAAGAUUAUAAGCAAGCCAUGUUCCAAGGAAUAAUUGAACGUUUAACUCUUCUUCUUACUCUUUCUGCAACAACAGGUGCACUUAUCCUGAAUGUUGUGGGAAAUCAGAGUCAAAAUGUUUUGCUUCCAUGUACAUUCAGGCCACCGAUUAAUUUUAGUGUUGAACAUUUGGUUAUUAACUGGCAAAAAGCAGAGCACAAUACAAUUCUACACAGUUUUUAUGACAUGUCAGACCAUCCAGAUUUCCAGCAUGACCAGUUUAAAGGAAGAACAAAAUUGUUUCAGCAAGAAUUUUCAAAAGGAAAUGCCUCUCUUUUUCUUAUGGCAAUAACACCACUGGAUUCCGGAACAUAUAUUUGCUUAACAGCCGUAAAUGAAAAAAAUGAUUUUACAAUUAAUGAAGUGACACUCAAAGUUCAAGAUUUGAAGGAACCAGAUCAAAGUGAAACAUGGGACACCAGACUUUUAUUAGUCCUUUUGUUCCCAAGUUUGCUUGCUGUUGCCAUUUAUGUUAUUCUAAGAAGACGAAAGAUUCACAUGCAUGUGACUGAAGAGGGUGUGCCAUUAAUCAGUAUAAAAGACCGAGACAUUGAAAUGUACAAGAAAAGUAUUUUGAAUGAAUAUAACAUGAUUGAUACAACACGUAUUAUAUCAAGAGACCUUGAUAUUGUAGAUCCAAAAAUGUUGGCAUCUGGAACUAGUAGAGAGCUAAUGAACUACAAUAUGACAAUGGAAAAAGAACCACUUGAUGAUUUCUUGACUUUGAAGCAGUGUCCUGCUGGAAAGCGAAUUCUGCUAAUAGCAGAUGCUGGAGGCGGAAAAAGCUGCAUAAUGAAAACAAUGGAGGUGGUCUGGGCGAAAGAGACAAAUUUAUCAGAUACAUGUAUCUUGAACUUUAGCUGUACUGUGCUAAAUUCGGUUAAGGCAUUAAGUGUUAAAGAAUUUUUAAAUCUGAAAGAAAUACCUUCGACCCUAGCUGAUGCAUUGCUCCAAAAUCCUGAUCGCAUAAUUAUUACUUUGGAUGGUUUGGAUGAAUUCAUACAUAUGUUAAACUUACAAAGCACAGCCAACACUUCGGACACAGUCAGCUUUACAGAUACAUUACAGAUAGGUGACCUGGUAUCAAAAAUAAUAAAGAAGGAGCUGCUACCUCAAGCUUCUGUAAUUGUCACUUCCAGGAGAAAUUUUGACAGUUCUCUCCCCAGAUGGUUUGACCGUUGUGUCAUUUUACCAGCUCUUAACAUAAAAGAAAUCAAAGUAUUCUGUGAAUCUUUUUGUGAAGAUCAAAAAAUGUCAAAUGACAUUUACAGGCAAGUUAUAGAAGAUGAAACAUUGUCUUGUUUAGCAUCAGUUCCUUUGCACAGCUAUUUUAUGUGCCAGCUGGAAAAGACAAACAGUAAAAUGUUAAACAAGUCAAACACAUGCAGUAGUGUGUUCAUUGGAUAUAUAUCAAGUUUAGUUAGCUCCACCUUGAAAGACUAUGCAGAUACUCAGGAAAAAGUUAACCAUUUAACCAUUAAUGAAAAGGAAGAGAAAAUCAUUAAAUGUGUGGAGAAGCUUGGGAAAUUGUGUUUGGAGACCCUCAAUUCUGGACAAUUGAGAGUAAAUAAUAUUGACAUGAGAAAAUAUGGCUUGGAGCCCAAAGUCUUGGAGUACUUCUCUAAUGUGCUCCUCAAGAAGAAAAAUCGAGAAGAAGAAUAUUUUGAAUUCUCUCAUGGCGUUUUCAAGGAGCUUUUUGCCGCAUCAUACUUUGUCCAUUCCAUAGAAAAUGACGAUGAAUUAAUCGCAGCUCUCAAUACAUUGCUGUUUCUCAAAGACAGUAUGAGCGGUAUCUCAAAGACAAAAAAUGAUUUUCAACUUUUAGAAGAUAUGAAAACGAAACGAUAUACGUUAUCCAGGCUUUUCAUGGGGGUUUUGGCAUCACAAACAGACCUCUUCUGCCAGACAGGAUCUGACAUUUCUGAGAACAGAAAGAAACUCUUGAUGGAAUGGUUUCAGGAGCGGAUUCCAAAGUACACAUCAGAAGACCAGCUGAAUCUCCUGCAUUGUUUGUUUGAGCUACAAGAUAAACAUGUAACAUUCCAUGUUUCGACUUACAUAAAGGAGGUCGAUCUACUUAACACUCCCCUAAGCAGUGUGGAUGUCAUAGCUCUUAGUUACAGCCUUCGACAGUGUAAACUUGACAGGCUUGAUUUAAGAUUGUGUGAAAUUGGAGAUGAAGGCAUACAACAACUGAAAGAUGUCAUCGCAAACAGCAAGGAUGUCAGAAUCAGUGCCAACAAACUAACAGACAAAUCUGCUAAAGUAAUUGGCCAUAUCCUAAAACUGAAGGAUUGCAAUGUUGAAGAACUUUCGAUUGGAACAAAUAACCUUCAGUCUUCAGGGGCUUGCAAAAUAUGGGAAGCUCUUGAGGUAAACAAGAGCCUGAAGACUCUUUAUUUACACCAUAAUAACAUUGCUGAUGAAGGAACAGAACAGAUGAAGAGGUUCUUAAGCAAAAACACGAGGCUCGUUAAGAUCAAUUUGUGUGGAAAUAAUUUUUCAACACGAGGUCUGGGAAACAUCACAGAUAUCAGAAACUGCACGAAGAUUGAGAUUGCAACUACAAUUACUGAGGAUAAGCCAUUCUUUACUUUUGUCCAAGAGAAAGUGGACACGUUGCAAGCAGAAAUUAAACAGUAUAACCCUGGAUGGGUAAAAACAUGCCUUGAAGCAGUUAAGAAAGACCUUGAGGAGAACAUUUCAUCUGAGGCACAAGCUUUGCUGGUGAAAAUCAAACAUUUACUAGAUGAAUUCAACCAAAGUCCUGUACCUGUUGUACAGUAUGAGCACAGCCCUGUCUGAACCACAUCUGGGAGAGUGAGCUGCUGCUCUUAGUCACCUGACCUGUAGCUGAAAACAGUUGGUCAAGAGACUUUUAAAGUCAGGAAGCAGAAGCUUCCUGUGUCAGUCUGUUGGAGUGAUGUCUACCAGCUGAAGGAAAGAAGGAAGAACCUCUCUAUGUGCCAUUCACCUGAGGGAGAACUAACUAACUGUACAUAAACAACUUUGUCUGCUCACAAAACUAUGUCAAUUCUGUGGAAUGAAUGUGUGAGUUGAGAGAUUUGAGUUCUGUGGAAGUUUGGUUUUGAAGAGUCUGAGAGCUUGAUCCCGGAAAGCAGUUUAGCUGCUUGACAAUGCUAGAGAUAGACUUCAAGAAGACCUUAAUAUCUUGAAAAAGAGUUUAGGCUUUUGUUUUGGUGUUUUGAGUGUAAUAGAUUUUCAUAUGUACCUAAGAACUUAAAUGAUUUCACUUAUCUACUUUUAUAACUAGUGAUCUUUCCGCCUGUUCUUUAAGUUUGUGUGGAAAUAAUUUUUCAACACAAGGUCUGGGAAACAUCACUACAAUGCAACUACAGUUACUGAGGAUGCACUGUAAUUACUGUGGAUACACAUUUAAGAUCUAGUUACAAUGUGCCCAGAGUGGUUGUUGCACUCCAUAAGGCCUUUAAGGAUGAUUCUUAUCCAAUUAUAUUAAUCUGUUUUUUCUGCAUGUUAAUAUCACAUGCUGCUCUUAAAAUUUCCUGGUAUAUAGCAUGCUGAUUUGAAUUAAAUGAAUAGCUAGCCUGUAAGUCUUAAGCCAGGGAUAGUUUGGAAAUUUAAGAAGAAACCUGCAAGUAUUUGUGUGCGUUUUGGAGUGGAUUUGGAGUGGUGAUUGAAGGAACCAGAGUGAAUUUAGUAUUUUUGUAUUUAGGUAUUCUUGGAUAUAAUUUGAAUCCUUUGUCGUCUCUGAAGAGCUGUUGAGUGAUGCUGAUUGUAGUUGGAAAAGGGAAUAAAGGGGAGCUGCAAUCCCAGAU